UGAGGCUUCUCGCUUAGUGAUCGCCGUCCGGCCCCAUUUCUAUCGUCCUCUCCCCGUACACAGACGGCACACAGGCGCGAACGCGGCGGCGCCCACGGCGACGGCGACCAGGGAAAGACCAAUGGAGAUUCAAGACUGUAAAAAAAAGAGACCAAUGGAGGACGACUACUCAGCACCACAUCUUCCUAUGGACAUCAUGUACAAGAUCCCGGCACACAUCUCUGAUCCAGCCUCCCUUGCCCGCCUGGCAUCGUCCUGCAAGUUCUGGCGCAAUCUCAUCAAGGACCCGACUUUCCUUGAUCGCCUAAGGAGGCGGCAUGGCGACCACGGCUUCACCCCAUCCCUCCUUCUUGGCUUCUUCUACCAGGACAAGAAAAAGUCUUCCCCGGAGCUCUGGAAGCAUCACAUUGACAAAACCCGCUGUUUGGCUCCAAGCUUUGUGCGGAAGUCAGAAUUAUCACGAUUUGUUGGCAGCAAAUCCGCUCGCAGUGUUAUCAAGCCAUUAUCCCUUGGGACCUUCAUUCCAGGUCUUGGUGCAAGCCUCAACUUCUAUAAACCCAUUGCAUCCCAAGACAGCUUCCUGGUCCUCCGCCGCCAAUCGAAAGAUGCCAAUGGUCAGGCCACGAGGGAUGUGAUAUGUGUUUGCAAUCCUCUCACUGGUGAAACCUUUAAGAUUCCUACCCUCGAAUAUAUGCCUCCUCACCAUUAUGCCUUGUUAGUCACCAAUGAUGUCGACAUUUAUGGACAUGUGUCCCAGUCCUUCCAGCUGACUGCCAUUUGGAUAAGAAGAUUAAAGCAUUUCAUCUCUGUGUGCUACAGCUCUAAGACUGGAACAUGGAUGGAAUCUCCAGUAGUUCCUGAGCUAAGGCGUAGCCUUUGUUUGGUGCCAUCCUCGGCAGCUGCUUAUGAUGGUUCCAUCAGCUGGCUCUGUGAUAGCUGGAAACAAUUGUCGCUCACUCAUGUUGCCACACUACACACUGGCAAUAUGGAGCUUUCAUACCUGGAGCUCCCACCGGAAGUAAAGCGCAACAAGGAUCCAGUGCUGGGGAGUUCAGCGGACGGGGGGCUUCUGUUACUCUUCAUGCAAGGCCUUCGGGUGUCACUCUGGAAACACAACGGUGAGCUUGGCAGUGACACCAGCAGCUGGGUGCUAUCUGAAAGGAUUGACAUGAGAAGUUCCUUGCCGCAGCGGGUGGUCACGUUAGGGAUCAGGGGGAAGGUCAGCUUGGAGAUGUUCCGGGGCAAGAGCGGUGCGGUGGUGCUCUGGGUUGAUGGAGAUGGCUUCUUUCUAUUCAGCCUCAGUGAUAGGUCGAUGAGGAAGAUUGACUGUGCGAGUGUGACCAAGAAGUACUUCCUCUGCCCAUAUGAGAUUGAUUGGCUGACCUGCCUUGCAAUCACAAACCUCGUCGUUGAUGGCUCGUUGUCGCUGGACGUACAAAGGAAAAAGGCUCAAGACAGGUGGAGGACAUUAAUGGGAAUGAAUUUGGCGACGAAUAGAGCAUCUUAAUGGCUAGGAACAACAUCAAUCCGGUUUGUUUCUGGUAGAACAACCAUGAGUUCUAUUUAUGUUUGGAAGUGUUUUCUUUUGUAUGAUCAUCGUAUCACAAUAAUGAGUAGUGACUGUCAGUUUGUUACUUCAGUCUAACGACAUUUCCUGUCAAACCUUUGGCAUGUCCUGUUGAAAUCCAAGGUUAUCUUUCCUAAGCUGUUUUUUAGGGAAGCUGUGUUUAUUUAUUUUUA